GCCGUGCUCUCUCGGUGCACGUGGGCCGCAGGAUGGCGGCUCACCGCUCCGGCCCGCUGAAGCAGCAGAAUAAAGCCCACAAAGGCGGGCGGCACCACGGUGGUGGGUCCACUCAGCGGGACAGCAAAGGCCGUGUGGGACCGAAGAUCCUGAGCAAGAAGCUGAAGAAGCAGCUCAGCCGCGUGGACCAGAGGCACCGCGCCAGCCAGCUCCGAAAGCAGAAAAGGGAGGCGGUUCUGGCAGAGAAGAGGCAGCUGGGCAGCAAGGAUGGGCCUCCACAUCAGGUGCUGGUGGUGCCUCUGCACAGCAGGGUUUCCCUUCCAGAGGCAUUUAAACUGCUUCAGAAUGAAGAUUUGGGAACAGUGUACUUGAGUGAAUGGGGAAGCACCCAUAGCUUUAUGCUUGUAUGUCCGGGUUUGAAACAUCGGUGGUUUUUCACAUAUGCAAGACCAGGGGAUCUGCAUACUGUAUUAGACAUGGCUAAAGUUGCUGAUACCAUUGUGUUCCUCCUGGACCCAAUAGAAGGCUGGGACAGUACUGGGGAUUACUGUCUCUCCUGCCUCUUUGCUCAGGGACUUCCCACAUAUGCACUAGCUGUCCAGGGGCUUUCUGGCCUCCCACCAAAGAAACAGAUAGAUGCCAGAAAGAAGCUAAGUAAAACAGUGGAGAAACGCUUUCCUGAAGACAAACUCCUGUUCUUAGACACCCAACAGGAGGCAGGAACGCUGCUUAGACAGUUGGCGAACCAGAAGCAACGGCAUCUUGCUUUCCGAGCUCGGCGAGCUUACUUGUUUGCCCAUGUUGCUGACUUCGUGCCUAGUGAGGAGAAUAACUCAGUGGGCACCUUGAAAAUCUCAGGCUAUGUUCGUGGGAGGACUCUGAAUGUGAACAGCUUGCUGCAUAUUGUUGGACAUGGUGAUUUCCAGAUGAAUCAGAUAGAUGCGCCAGUGGACCCUUUCCCUUUAAAUCCUAGAGUGAUUAAAUCCCAAAAGAAACCAAGCAUGGCAAUGGAGGUUUGUGUUACAGAUGCUGCAGCAGACAUGGAAGAAGACCUUAAGGUUCUGAUGAAGGCAGACCCUGAUCAGCAGGAGACUUUACAAACAGAAGUUAUUCCAGACCCGAUGGAAGGGGAGCAGACCUGGCCCACUGAGGAGGAGCUGGAUGAGGCAAAAGACUUAUUGAAGCAACGUUCCAGCGUGGUAAAGAAGGUCCCUAAAGGAACAUCUAGUUACCAGGCUGAAUGGAUUCUGGAUGAAGGUGAUGAAAGUGAUGGGGAAGGCGAUGAAUAUGAUGAUAUACAACAUGAAGGUUUUAUGGAAGAGGAGUCUCAGGAUGGGAGUGGUGAGGAGGAAGAGGAGGAAGAAUGUGAAACUAUGACUCUAGGGGAGUCUGUGUGUGAUGAUCUAUAUGAUGAGAAAGUAGAUGAAGAGGCCGAGGAGAGAAUGUUGGAGAAAUAUAAACAAGAAAGAUUAGAAGAGAUGUUUCCAGAUGAAAUGGAUACCCCCCGUGAUGUGGCUGCUAGAAUUCGAUUUCAGAAAUACAGAGGCCUCAAGAGCUUCCGGACAUCUCCUUGGGACCCUAAGGAAAACCUUCCUAGAGAUUAUGCUAGGAUCUUUCAAUUUCAAAAUUUCAUUAAUACUCGGAAAAGAAUCUUUAAAGAGAUUGAGGAAAAAGAAACUGAAGGAGCUGAGGCUGGCUGGUAUGUCACACUUCAUGUCUCAGAUGUCCCAGUCUCAGUGGUUGAGUAUUUUAGGCAAGGAGCACCUUUGAUUGCAUUUUCUUUGCUACCUUACGAACAGAAGAUGUCAGUAUUGAACAUGGUGGUGAGGCGGAACCCUGGCAACACGGAACCUGUGAAGGCCAAAGAAGAACUGAUCUUCCACUGUGGGUUCAGGCGCUUCCGAGCCUCCCCUUUAUUCUCUCAGCACACAGCAGCUGAUAAACAUAAAUUUCAGAGAUUCCUGACUCCUGAUGCAGCCUUAGUGGUAACAGUGUUCGCACCAAUCACUUUUCCUCCCGCAUCCGUGCUGCUUUUCAAGCAGAGAAGCAAUGGAAUGCACAGCCUCAUUGCUACAGGCCAUCUGUUAUCAGUGGAUCCAGACAGGAUGGUCAUCAAGAGAGUUGUUCUGAGUGGUCAUCCUUUCAAAAUUUUUACCAAGAUGGCAGUAGUGCGAUAUAUGUUCUUCAACAGAGAGGAUGUGAUGUGGUUUAAGCCUGUGGAGCUGAGAACCAAGUGGGGCCGCAGAGGACACAUUAAGGAGCCUGUAGGUACCCAUGGCCAUAUGAAGUGCAGUUUUGAUGGGAAGCUAAAAUCUCAGGAUACAGUAUUAAUGAAUCUCUAUAAACGAGUUUUCCCCAAAUGGACUUACGAUCCCUAUGUACAAGAACCAGUACCUUGGGUGAAAAGUGAGGUUUCUUCGACAGUGUCAGAAGUGGACAUGGAAUAAUGGAUCUGGUGGGGCUAUCUUUACUGUGGCCAAGACUCCGGUGUGAGACUCUGGAUUGUGACUAGGCAGCUUGUGCUUCCUAUUUCAGCUGUCCAUGCCUCUGCUGUGUAGUGUUUACACCAUUACUUGGUCCCCAAACUAUAACUCUUACUGAAAGACUUUUCUCCAUUAGGAUUUUGAAAACAAUUUUAAAUAGGAAGAUGGAAAACAACAUUUUCAUAUAGUGACAUUCUUAUUUCUUCCAUGGAUUUAAACAGAAGCAGUCUGGUAAGGAGCUGGCUUUUCAGCCUGCUUUACCCAGUUUAGGGACGUCAAGUCUACAUUCCCACCACUGAGUACAAUACAGAUGUUCUUUACUUCUGGAGAGACUGUUUGGAAAUGCUGAGAUAGCACUGCAGCCAAUCCAACACCAGCAGUAGGCUCAAUGAGCAGCUUCAUUCUCUCCCACACCAGCUGGGUUGCAUACUGUUGGCACAGAAAGGAGCAAGGGUUAAUAAAACAAGAAAUGGAGCCAGAGUCUAGUAGGUUAGGUUCUAAAUGCCAAAUGAAACAGGUGUUUGGGUUGGUUGCGAUGAGUAUGGGCUUGCUAAUAAAAUACCUCUACAACUCGGCGAAGUCCACUCUUGCCAGGGUUUGUACCUGUCACAGGUCGUCUGGAUAAGUGAAUUGCCUGCUCAUAAGUUUCUUAGGCUCACUGUUUUCUCGCUUACCUUUAUUUCAUCCUCUGUGACAGUGAAGACAUCAUCUACAAGGUCCCUUAUAAUAGGCCAGGUAUUUAAGCCAAUGCUUGAUUUUACACCAUCAGCUAUGGUUUCUGGAGGCUGAGGAUUGGGGGUUAGUUCUCCUUUCAGUUUGGACUGGUAGCAGUCAUCUGCAUUCAAGGGUUCAGCACCAUAAAUCUUCACGCUAGGCUUUAGGGCCUGGGGAAAGGAACAGAGGCUUUACAACUACAUCCUUUGCCUGUGUACCUAAAGGAGGCUUUAUGGCUAACAUUUUUGUGUUAAAGGGUCUUUCAUUUGAUAUCCAAAAUGCAAAUAAGAUCUUGAAGCACUUUAAUAAAAGUUGUAUCUGAUGAAGAGUGA